AUGAUUGCUUUCGCGAAAUGUCUUCCGGAAUGUUUCACUCACAACCUAUGUUCACCAUCACCGCCGCAUAUUAAAGCUGCCGUAACUGAUAAUGACUCUACCAUACAAGAAACAGACCAGAAGGAAGGAGUGGCGAAAAUUUCAAGUACAAACACUAUGGGUAAAUCUGCCGGUGGAAAUCUCAAUAAAUCUCAAAAAAAGAAGAAAAAGAAGGCUGCUCUGGAAGCUUCCUCGAACAUGGCCAUGGGCUGCAUCGGACUGAGCAUGAACGAGGGCCUUGCUGAUCCCGCCAAUUGGCCUCCGCUCACUCUUUUCGCCAACACACAGCUUCGACUCUUCGUUUCGAGAUGCGAUCCCUCUGUAGAAGUUGCCAUCGACGCAGAAAGAUUGGGAUUACGAGCUUGUUGUGAACUAGAGGAAGAGCUGGAAAGCGACAAUGACCGGACGUCUGAUCGGCGUUUGGUUUUGCUGUCCCAACCACAUAACCCCAGCGCACUCCAGCCCACCGCUCUAGCGACCCGCCUCCUCCUCGAAUCCAUUCGAACACCAGUCGACAUUCAGAUGGCGACUGCGAGUGCUCUUCAACGAUGCGUCAAUGGGAAAUCCCAGGAGGAGAUUCAGCAUGUGCUAGACUAUUGGCUUGAGAUAUACCGUUGUCUUAUGGAGAAGCCCCAAUCAAAAACCGAUAUGUAUGGCAAGCCAGUUACUCCAUCUCCCUCGAAAUACACCUCCCAGCGUAUCGGUCUUGCGCGCGCCUUAGCUGCCAUCGUCGGCUGUUCUCGCUCACCGGGCUACUACCCAAACUUGCGACUGGAUAAUGGCGACGUCACGAUUUCCUCUGCUGCUCCCACCACCGCCGUCAUAGACGGCGCCAGCAUUAAGCAACAGAAGGCUGGGGCCUGGCUACAGAAAAUCUUCCGAUUUCUUGUUGAUGAAGGUCUCCACGACCCUGAUGAGGAGGUUCGCUACGCCCUCCUGCAGGCAGGGCUUGCCGCAACACGAGAAUAUGGGGUUACUAAUCUGCAGCAGAUGUUGCAAGUUUUGGAGGCCUUUUUGAACAAGGCGCCCAACGUGGCAGAACUCGAUAUGGUGCGACAGUCAGUAGUGGUACUUCUAGGCUCGUUGGCCAAAUACCUGGGACCCGAUGAUCCCCGCGUCGGCAGUAUUUUCAGUCGCCUUCUCUCCGCCGUCAGCUUUCCUGCUGAUGUGGUUCAAAAAGCCGUAGAAGACUGCCUUUCGCCCCUUGCUCCUAAAUUGCCACCCGAUCAGUUAGAAAAGACUUUCCCUCGUCUCCUCUCAACCCUUUUCUCAUCAAUGGGCUACGCCGAGCGUCGCGGAGCCGCCUACGCGUUGGCAGGAAUCGUUCGUGGCUGUGGCGUAACCACGCUCAAACAACACAACAUUAUCGACAAACUGCUAAAUGCCCUGGAAAGUAAAAAUUCCAAACAUAAGGAAAGUAAGUCACAUUACUGCUCUGAUUAUGUGACUCUUUAA